AUGGCUCUCAAGCGUGCUGCCCAGCUCGGUCUCGUGUUCCUCGGCGCCAUCGGCGCGCGCACCGCGGCGCUUCCGUCUCCGCUUGCCAACCGGGCGAACUCCAUCGCUGCGCUGACGGACAGCCAGGUCGCCGUGUUCAAGCCGUAUUCGUACUACGCCACGACGGGCUACUGCAUGCCGAACACGACCAUCACGUGGAGCUGCGGCAAGAAUUGCGACGCGAACCCGGACUUCAAGCCGGUCGCCUCUGGGGGUAAUGGCAAGAGCGUACAACGAUGGUAUGUCGGGUAUGAUCCGCACUCGAAGGAGGUCAUCGUAAGCCACCAAGGAACCGAUCCCAGCCAGUUCGAGCAAAUCCUCGUCGAUGCGGAUAUCGGCUUCCAGAACUUGAACAGCACCUUGUUCCCGGGCGUCAGUAAAGACGUGAUGACCCACAGCGGCUUUUCUGACGCGCAGGAGAAGGCCGCCACGGAGAUCCUGGCUGCGGUAAAGAAAACCAUGAGCAUGUAUGGAACGAACAAGGUGGUGGCGACAGGCCACUCCCUCGGUGCCGCCAUUAGUCUUCUCGACGCGGUAUACUUCCACAUCAACCUCCCCCAGGCCUCGGUGCGCUUCAUCGGCUACGGUGUCCCGCGCGUGGGGAACGACCACUGGGCAGAUUACGUCGACGCGGCCGGCUUCCCGGUGACGCACGUGAACAACAAGCAGGACAUCGUCCCGACCCUCCCAUACGUGUUCCUCGGCUUCCACCAUCCCUCGGGCGAGAUCCACAUUGUGGACCCCGAAUCCUGGCUGUCUUGCCCAGGGCAAGACAAUAACGACAAGCUAUGCUCGAAGGGCGCAGUGCCGAACCUCUUCGUCGGAGUCGCAGACGACCACGCAGGACCUUACGACGGUGUCACGAUGGGUCAAGACACCUGUGACGACUAA